GCAGCCACCAAGAGAGCACUUCUCAGAUUUAUUGAUAUUGGUGCCAAUUUGACAGAUCCAGUGUUUAGAGGGAUAUACCGUGGCUCACAGAAACACCAAGAUGAUUUCGAUGAUGUUAUCAAAAGGGCAGUUGAAUAUGGUGUAGAAAAGAUUAUGAUCACAGGAGGUUACCUGAAAGAAAGUAAAGAAGCUUUGGAACUAGCUAAAACCAAUGACCGGCUGUUUUCAACAGUUGGAUGCCAUCCAACAAGGUGCAUGGAAUUUGAAGCCAGUGAUGACCCAGACCAAUAUUUAAAUGACCUGAUAGAAUUUGCUAAUGGAAACAAAGGGAAAGUAGUAGCAGUGGGGGAAUUUGGCUUAGAUUUUGACAGGUUACAAUUUUGUCCUAAAGAUGUUCAGCUUAAGUAUUUUGAAAAACAAAUGGACUUAGUUGAGGCCUGCAAACUGCCAAUGUUUUUACACUGUAGAAACUCUGGGGAAGAAUUUCAUGACAUACUGACGAGAAAUCGUGACAGAUUAACUCAAGGCGUGGUCCAUUCCUUCACUGGUUCAAAAGAAGAAGUCAAGAAUUACCUUGAUCUGGGAUUAUUUAUAGGAAUUAAUGGAUGUUCCUUGAAGACACAAGACAAUAUAGAUGCCAUGUGUACGAUACCAAGUGACAGAUUGAUGAUAGAAACAGAUGCUCCUUACUGUGAUGUCCGCCCUACCCACGCGGGUUACAAACAUGUCAGGACAGCAUUUGAGACCAAAAAGAAGGAGAAGUGGGAGGCUGGAUGCUGUGUAAAGAGCAGGAAUGAACCAGCUAACAUUAUCCAAGUGUUAGAGGUUAUUGCUGCAGCAAGAGGAGAGGAUAUUGAGGAGUUAGCCAACACAGUCUUCAACAAUACAAAGAAAGUCUUCUUCCCAGAUGUUUAAAAUGGACCUAGUGGUCAUGCUUCCAAUUUCAUAUCUGUAUCAAUCAU